GGGAAUCUCACUAGCACGUUUGGGCGCGUUGGGCGGCGUCUGAGUAUAAAAUGCUCCACCCGAGCGGGCAGCCGCCAUUCUGGGGUUCGUUUAGAGGUUUGAAUUUCCUCGGAGAAGGACAGGCUGGCCACGAGGAAAAAAGAAACAAGCCGCAGCAACAUCUAAGCCCUUGAAAGGAUCCUGAGAGGGGGGAAAGGGAAAACAGCAGCCACCAGCCCAACCACUUGUGUCUUCUGCCCCUUCCCACCUAUCUUGCCCACCCCACCAGGCCACGCUGCUUGGGACUUGAAAUCUGUGGCCGAAGGACCGUCACCACAUAACUUCAAAAAUAAUCAACCACCCUCCCUUCCCAAACCCACCCAAACUCACUUAUCCAGCGUUUACUUUUUUUAAUCCACUCAGAACUUUUUUUCUGCGGCCCCCCUCUCUAAAUGGAGUUGGGUGGGGGGGAAAUGAAUACUGAAUUGGCCUUUAUUUUUUUGAGAGACUUUUUGAUCCAAUGAGGCCCCCCAAAUAGAGUUUUGGGUCCUGGUUGGUUGGUUUAUUUUUUUUUCAAAUUUUAACCCCCUCCCCCCUGAGCCUGAGGUGCUGACGUCGCAAAAAAAUUGGAUAUAUUUACCAGCAAGGAAGAGACAGGACUUAACAAUAAGCAAAAAUGCCUUGGAGAGUUGAUCGUUUUCUUACAGGAAUGUGAAUCUUAAUUCUAUUGUAAUACAAUCUAAGGAAGUUCAGCUGUCCUAAGAAGGAUGGAAUUGGGAGCAGGAGAGAGAGGUGCUGCUGCAGUCCUCCAACUGAAUUGUCUUUCCAUUCAGUCAUGAGUAACACCAUGCUUAACUUGCCAAGGCUAUUUUCUCAGUGGUGACAGUGUUCUGUGUUGGUUUUUAAAAAAAUGAAACCUCAAUCAUGGGCUCAGGUCCCAUAGACCCCAAAGAGCUGCUCAAGGGCCUGGAUAGCUUCCUUAACCGAGAUGGGGAAGUCAAGAGUGUGGAUGGGAUUUCCAAGAUCUUCAGUCUGAUGAAGGAAGCACGAAAGAUGGUGAGUCGAUGCACUUACUUGAACAUUCUCCUGCAGACCCGUUCACCAGAAAUAUUGGUCAAGUUUAUUGACGUUGGUGGCUACAAACUUCUUAACAAUUGGUUGACAUAUUCAAAGACAACCAACAACAUUCCCCUCUUGCAGCAAAUUCUACUGACCCUGCAGCACCUACCACUCACUGUGGACCAUCUCAAGCAGAACAACACAGCCAAACUGGUGAAGCAACUGAGCAAGUCAAGUGAGGAUGAAGAACUCCGGAAAUUGGCCUCAGUCCUCGUCAGUGACUGGAUGGCUGUCAUCCGCUCCCAGAGCAGUACCCAGCCUGCUGAGAAAGAUAAGAAAAAACGGAAAGAAGAGGGAAAGAGUCGAACCACCCCUCCUGAGCGACCUUUAACUGAAGUGAAGGCUGAGCCCCGGGCUGAGGAGGUCCCAGAGAAGAAGAAGGAGAAGCCCAAGUCUCUUCGAACCACAGCACCCAGUCAUGCCAAGUUCCGUUCCACUGGAUUAGAGCUGGAGACCCCGUCUCUGGUGCCUGUGAAGAAGAAUGCCAGUGCGGUGAUGGUUUCUGACAAGUACAACCUUAAGCCCAUCCCCCUCAAGCGGCAGAGCUCAGCAGCUGCUCCAGGAGAUGCGGUACCCCCUGCAGAGAAGAAAUACAAACCCCUCAACACAACACCCAACACCACCAAAGAGAUCAAAGUGAAGAUCAUCCCACCACAGCCUAUGGAGGGCCUGGGCUUUCUGGAUGCACUCAAUUCAGCCCCUGUUCCAGGCAUCAAAAUUAAGAAGAAGAAGAAGGUGCUGUCACCCACAGCUGCCAAGCCAAGCCCGUUUGAAGGGAAAACAAGCACAGAACCAAGCACAGCCAAACCGUCUUCCCCAGAGCCAGCACCUCCUUCUGAGAUUAUGGACACAGAACGCCCAGGGACCCCGGUGCCCCCUGUGGAAGUCCCAGAGCUCAUGGACACAGCCUCUUUGGAGUCAGGAGCUCUGGAUGCUAAGCCAGUGGAGAGUCCUGGUGACCCCAGCCAGCUGACCCGGAAAGGCAGGAAGAGGAAAACUGUGACAUGGCCUGAGGAGGGCAAACUGAGAGAGUAUUUCUAUUUUGAACUGGAUGAAACUGAACGAGUAAAUGUGAAUAAGAUCAAGGAUUUUGGCGAGGCAGCUAAGCGAGAGAUCCUGUCAGACCGACAUGCAUUUGAGACAGCCCGGCGUCUGAGCCAUGACAACAUGGAGGAGAAAGUACCCUGGGUGUGCCCCCGGCCCCUGGUUCUGCCCUCACCUCUUGUCACCCCUGGAAGCAACAGCCAGGAGCGACACAUCCAGGCAGAGCGGGAGAAAGGAAUCCUUCAGGAGCUCUUCCUGAACAAGGAAAGUCCUCAUGAGCCUGAUCCUGAGCCCUACGAACCUGUACCCCCGAAGCUCAUCCCCCUAGAUGAGGAGUGUUCCAUGGAUGAGACUCCGUAUGUUGAGACCCUGGAGCCUGGAGAGGCCGGUGGCUCACCUGAUGGGGCAGGUGGCUCCAAGUUGCCUCCUGUUCUGGCCAAUCUUAUGGGCAGCAUGGGUGCUGGGAAGAGCCCCCAGGGUCCUGGAGGAGGAGGCAUCAAUGUCCAGGAGAUCCUCACCUCCAUCAUGGGUAGCCCAAAUAGUCAUCCCUCAGAGGAGCUGCUGAAGCAACCAGACUAUUCAGACAAGAUCAAGCAGAUGCUGGUGCCACAUGGACUCUUAGGCCCUGGUCCAAUAGCCAAUGGUUUCCCACCAGGAGGCCCUGGGGGCCCCAAGGGCAUGCAGCACUUCCCCCCUGGCCCUGGAGGACCUAUGCCAGGUCCCCAUGGAGGCCCUGGGGGCCCUGGUGGGCCAGUGGGUCCACGUCUCCUGGGUCCUCCACCCCCUCCCCGGGGGGGUGAUCCCUUCUGGGAUGGCCCUGGUGACCCCAUGCGGGGCGGCCCAAUGCGAGGGGGUCCAGGACCAGGUCCCGGACCAUACCAUAGAGGUCGUGGUGGCCGAGGAGGAAACGAACCGCCACCUCCUCCUCCUCCAUUUCGAGGGGCCAGAGGAGGUCGCACUGGAGGAGGACCCCCUAAUGGACGAGGGGGCCCUGGUGGGGGCAUGGUUGGAGGUGGUGGGCAUCGUCCCCACGAAGGCCCUGGUGGGGGCAUGAGCAGCGGCGGUGGACAUCGCCCCCAUGAAGGCCCUGGCGGUAGCAUGGGUGGGGGACAUCGUCCCCACGAAGGUCCUGGUGGUGGCAUGGGCAGUGGCAGUGGCCAUCGUCCUCAUGAAGGCCCCAGCAGUGGCAUGGGUGGAGGCAGUGGACAUCGCCCCCAUGAAGGUCCUGGACAUGGGGGCCCCCAUGGCCACCGGCCUCAUGACGUCCCUGGUCACCGAGGCCAUGACCAUCGAGGGCCGCCACCUCAUGAGCACCGUGGCCAUGAUGGCCCUGGCCAUGGAGGAGGGGGCCACCGAGGGCACGAUGGAGGCCAUAGCCACGCAGGAGACAUGUCGAACCGCCCUGUUUGCCGACACUUCAUGAUGAAGGGGAACUGCCGCUAUGAGAACAACUGUGCCUUCUACCACCCGGGUGUCAAUGGGCCCCCCCUGCCCUAGGGACUAACUGCCUGCCCCACCCACACCCCCCUUGUGGACUGCAGCCUUGCUCCUUCCACCAUUAUGGCUUCUGUGAGGCCCAUUCCCUUCCCCAGCCAAGGAGGAGCUGGCCCCGUUUCCACCUGCUUGGGUUCUGAGGGUUCCUGAUCACUGGUGCGCAUUGCUGUACAUACUUCAGUCUGGGAGGACAGAGACCGCACACAUCUGUACCCUGGACUGCCGAAGAGGAGACCCAGUUGGCUUCACUUUUGGAGGAGAUUUGCCCUGUAACCCCAAGCCCCUGUCCAGUAUUACCUUUAAUGCCUGAGAACCUAAAGCUGGUUAUCCUGGAGAACACCUCUGCCCUCCUGUUGUGGGUCUUCCACAUAACACAGAACUGACAUGGGAUCAGCUGCACUUACGAAAUCGUCCCAGCCAAGUUCAUUAUUCCUAAUGGGGUGGGGAGAUGGUAAAAGGGGUAUUGUGUAUCCCACUGCACUGAAAGGGCUCAAUCAGGCUGGUUUGAGUUCUGGAACACGUCGUCCCCACCUCUUCCCCAACACAGGCUUUACACAUUCUGAGUCCUUUCGCAAAUAAGACUGCAGCCUUCUGUGAACACAGGUCUGCAUCAUGGCUCUGCUGAGUUCGAUGGCAAGUUCACAUUUGCAUCCAAUGAAGGUUUUAGCUGGCAUAGGUGAGGCCAGCGUGUUGGUUCACCACUGCAUACAGAUCAUUCUGGAAACUAACACGAGUGAAACCAGCUUUUCAACUGAAGCCCAGCUUGCUGGGCCUGACCGUCACUACAUGCACUGCCUUUGGGGGUUAGCACACCCCUCCCCCCGCCCCCACUUGGGACCUUGUCGAUGUGAGGCCUCUAGCUCCCCUGCUGUCAGCCACCUGUGAAUCCCCACCAGGCGCCUUCCUGGGUGGAUUCAACAAGGCAACGGCCUUUCCCAGCCCCCCUGUCCUUCACCUGUCUGGGCGUCGGUUGUUUUCUGUGAAAACAGUGGAUUGGUGGGUUUUGUGCAGGGUCUUGGGUUAGAGCCACAAUGGAUUUGAGGAUGAGUAUUUUUUUCUUUUGGUUUUGUAUAUUUUGUACAUUAAUAAUAAACAGUGGAAAGAGAAGUAGCUUAUUUAA